AUGGUUACAGGCCCUGUAGGAUGCGGCAAAAGUAGCCUACUACUUGCCAUUCUAGGCGAAAUCUUCAAGGUCGACGGAACAAUUCGGGUAUCCCCUUUUUUAGGGAUCGGAUGUUGCAGUCAAAUACCUUGGCUUCCCAAUCUUUCUAUCCGCCAAGCAAUUCAAGGAUCGUCGCUGUUCGAGGAUGAGUGGUACAGUGCGAUUUUGAAGGCCUGUAUUCUCGGUCCUGAUCUGGCAACAUUGCCCGAAGGGGACCAAACAAUUAUCAGUAGUGGAGGGACUGCUCUCAGCGGAGGCCAGAAGCAAAGACUCGCGUUGGCAAGGGCUUUGUAUGCGAAAAAGAAAUUGCUCAUUUUGGAUGAUAUAACGAGUGGUUUGGAUGCCGUUACCGCACAGCAAAUUACCCAUAACGUUUUUGGGCUUGAUGGUGUCUGCCGUAGACACGGGAUAUCUGUCUUGCUCACUGGUCACGAUGUCUACCCUAGUGAUGAGAUUUUGACGACAAAUGUGUUUUCAUACGAUCAUGAGCGUCAGACACCCAGCGAGCCUAUAUCAAGUAAAGCACCGAACAACAAAUUGGUCGACCUAUCCCGCAAAGUCGGAGAUUGGAAGCUGUACGCCUAUUAUUUUGCGGCGAUGGAGUGGAAUCCCACAAUUCUCUUCAUACUGGUCACCAUAGCUUUUUUCACAUUUUGCUACAAUUUCCCCACCAUUUGGUUGCAAUAG